CCUGGAGCAGCUGGCGUCACCCUUGGCAUUCCCAGCCACCAGCAGUCCUGACCCAUGUGCUAAGGAGACUGUGCUGAAUGCCAUCAGGGAGAGCAGGAAAAGGGCUGUGGAGGAGGAGGAGGAGGAGGAUCAGGCUUUUGAGAAUGAUCAGGAGAGCAAGAGAAGGCGCCACGACAGCAGUGGAAGUGGGCAGUCAGCGUUUGAGCCACUGGUGGCCAACGGUGCCCCUGCCUCCCUCAUACCCAAGCCUGGCUCUCUGAAGAGAGGUCUUGUCUCUCACUGCUCGGAUGACUGCUCGAACAAGAGGUCUCGCACCUCCUCCAUGAGCUCCCUCAACAACACAUAUGCUGGGGGCAUUCCCAGCUCCAUCCGCAACGCCAUCGCCAGCUCCUACAGCUCCAGCCGGGGCCUCGCACAGCUGUGGAAGAGAAGUGGUGUGAGUGUGUCUCCACUGUCCAGCCCAGCAUCUUCCCGGCCCCAGACCCCGGAGUGGCCUCUCAAGAAAGCCAGGGAGGAGGAGUCACAUCGUUCCAACACUUCCACCCCAGUGAAAUCGGACAAGGAGCUGCAGACAGAGAAAGCACUGGAGUCGCCGGUGUGGAAGAAGCAGAGCUCCCGGAGCCCACCGUCCGCGUCGGGGAGCAGUGGGAAGCGCAAGCGGAAGAUCCCGUUGCUGUCAUCUCUCCGUGGGGACCAGCUGGUGCUGCCCCCGCCGCCUCAGCUGGGCUACCCCAUCACCUCGGAGGACCUGGACGCGGAGAAGAAGGCAGUGCUGCAGUGGUUCAACAGUGUCUUGGAGGAUAAGGCUGAUGCAGUCCCCAGCACCACUGCAGAGACAACACCUGUGUCCAGGCCGCUGGCAUUCGCCGUGACCUCCCCAGGCCUGAAGAAGAUGCAGAGCAGCCAAGCUGCACCCACAGCAGCAGACUCCACUGGAGCUGCAGCAGUGUCUCAGCCACCUCCAUCAGCUGCACAGCCUCCUGCUCCCACAGUGUCACUGGAGUCAAGCUCUCUGCCUGCCACCUCUGCUGACACCAAACCUGUGCCUGUGCUGGGCACACCUACCCCCACUGCACCCCCUGCCCUGGGGGUGCAGCCCCCGAGCAGCCUGGCACCUCCUUCAUUCACGGAGCUGGGCCAGACCCCCAGCAAGCCUCCCUCCUUCCAAAAGCCAAGCAUCCUGUUUGGGAUGCUGAAGACCCCUCCUGCCAGCCAGCCAGCAGUGACUGUGGCUGCUGCUGUGCCCACCACGACCACUGCUGUGCCCAUCACAGCCACUGCUGUGCCCACCACGACCACUGCCAUGCCCACCACAGCCCCCGUCUUCAAACCCAUCUUUGGUGCUGUGCCUAAGAGUGAGAGCACAGCAGCCUGCACGGCUGUCACCUCCACCACUGCCACCGUGUCUGUGAGCUUGGGGCCUUCCUCGACGUCCUCCACCACCACCAUGUUCAAGCCCAUCUUUGGCAGUGUCACCACAGCUUCAUCUCCAGCGAAAGUCUCUCCUUUUGCCUUCAAACCAACGGCACAACGAGCUGCAGAGCCAGCAGCAGCCUCCACAGCUACCCUGGCAGGAUUCACAGGUCUUCCCAGCGUCAUCUUCACCACUGCAGCUACAACUGCCACCACCCAGAGUUCCUCCACUGAUGCCACCAUUAAACCUGUCUUCAGCUUCGGACUGAACCCCCCUGCCUCCACUGUCCCUGCUGCCAGCCUGACCGUCACCACUGUCACCUCCACCAGCGUGGCACAGCCCUUCCUGUUUGGGGGUCCGACCAGCUCUGCCCCCAGCACAGAAACCAGCUUUGCCACCCCAGGGCCUGUGUUCCAAUUUGGGAAGCCACCUCCAGCCACGGUCACUGCCACCACCAGUGUCCCAGGAGGCCCUGCCUUUGGCCAGGCACCUUCAAACUUGACAGCUGCUGCCACCACUGCAGGCUUUAGCAUAUUUGGGAGCACCACGCUGACCUCUUCUGCCCCAGCCACCACAGCUCAAGCACCGCUGACAUUCGGUUCCUCUGUUUCAGCUUUUGGCAGCUCCUUCAGUGCCAGCACGAAGCCACCACCCCCCUACCCUGGUGCUGGGAACCAGCCUGCCUUCAGCUCAGGGGCUGCUGAGAGCCAGCCACCUGCCACCAAGCCUGCUGCUGGCCCU